AAUCACAUGACCGGGCUGCUGUUGCUGCUGGUCCUGCAGCUGGUGUUGUCGAGCUGUCAGAGAGAAUCCAAACUGUCAACAGCACAGUUAUUGUUGGAUACAUUUUGUCCCAGGAUUUUCUCGGGCAUGAUGGAGCUAAUAUGGGGUGGGUUGCACACCCUGUGACAUGUGGACCAAAGCAGGAUCCUCCCACCUCGCACCUCUGUUUCAACAACACAGCCAGCUGCUGUCAUGGCCUCCAGCUACCCACCCCCCUUUGAGGGCACAGGUGAAGUGAAGGAGGGCUUUCUUUGCCCUCUGUGCCUGAAAGACCUUCAGUCAUUCUACCAACUCCAAGACCACUACGAAGAGGAGCACUCUGGGGAAGACCGCCAUGUGAGGGGACAGCUCAAAAGUUUGGUUCAGAAGGCAAAGAAAGCCAAAGACAAGCUGUUAAAGAGGGAUGGUGAUGACAGACCGGAUACUGGCAGUUAUGAGUCCUUCUAUUAUGGUGGAGUGGACCCCUAUAUGUGGGAGCCUCAGGAACUGGGAGCAACUAGAAGUCACCUGGACUUCUUCAAAAAACACAGAGCAGCCAGAAUAGAUCAUUAUGUCAUUGAAGUCAACAAGCUCAUCAUCAGACUGGAAAAGUUGACAUCAUUUGACAGGACUAACUCAGAUGCCGCCAAAAUCAGAGCCAUUGAGAAGUCUGUAGUUUCAUGGGUGAAUGACUCAGAUGUCCCGUUCUGUCCGGACUGUGGAAACAAGUUCAACAUUCGGAACAGACGGCACCACUGUCGCCUCUGUGGAUCCAUUAUGUGUAGGAAGUGCAUGGACUUUGUCCCCUUACCUUUGGCCCAAAAGCUGAUUAAUGGGACUCGUGAAGCCCUGUGUGUACAUGGAAGCCCCGGCCAGUCCCAGUCUCCCCCAGCAGGAGGUGGCAGCAGUGGUAUGGGCUCCAGGAGAGGCAGCAUCAGCAGCCUUAGCAGUGUAACAUCCAUUCUGGAGGAAAAGGACGACGAGAAGAUCCGCUGCUGCCACCACUGUAUGGACACACUGUUGAAGAGACAGCAGAAGUUGGAAGAAAAGGACCUUAUGCCUGAUAUAGUGAAACUUUAUGAGAGGCUGAGGAUGUGCAUGGAGAAAGUGGAUGAAAAGGCUCCAGAAUAUAUCCGAAUGGCUGAGUCUCUCAAUGCCGGAGAAACCACAUACAAUCUUGACACUGCUGGUGGAUUGAGGCUGGAAGUACAGAAAUACUAUGAACUAAUUGAUGCUCUAAGUAAGAAGAUUUUAACACUCGGACUUAAAGAUGAUCCACCACCUCAUCCAAAGGCGCUGCAGCUGCAGAGGAUGGUCCGGUAUACAGCCACACUAUUCGUUCAGGAGAAGCUGUUAGGUCUCAUGUCGUUACCCACUAAGGACAAAUAUGAAGAGCUGAAAGAAAAGAGGAAACAAGAACAAGAGAAGAGACUCCAGCAAGAGAGACUGGCAGCCCAGGAGGUCCUGAAGAGGAGGCAGGAGUCUGAGAGAAACCGUCCACCUGUCAGCACCAACGGAGAGCUGCCGCAGGCCCCUAGAGCACCUCACAUGACCAAAGCUGGUGGCUGGCUGCCCUCCGCAGACUCUGUUCAUACACGCAGCGAGCUGGAAGAUCCCCUCCUGCAGCAGAUUGAGAACAUUCAGUCAUUCCUCCGUCAGGCGCGGGAGGCCCAGAGAACAGAUGAGGUUGCCAUGUUGGAGGAGAACUUGCGUCAGCUGCAGGAUGAAUACGACCAGCAGCAGACCAGCCUGGCCAUCGCUCUCUCCCAGAAGCUGGCUGAGGAGGAGAGCAUGCAGCAGGGGGAGUUCCAUCGCCUGGAGGCCUGGGAAAGGGAGGAGAGGGAGCAUUUGGGCCCAACUGUGGGCUCCAUGCAGCCUGCCUUCACCUGGGAGAGGUCUCUGGAUAUCAGCCCGACUGGGGGCUUUCAGAGUGAGCAAGACACUGCAGAGGAGGAUCUGACUCCUAAAGCUGAGAGGAGUCCGCCGUCUGUAAGAGCGUUUCCUGCACUCACAAGCCAGGAAGAGUCGCCUCCUAGAUUGAGAAGCUUAGGGGGGCAUGUAACUCCCCCUGGUGGUGAAGGACAGAACAGCACCUCCCUUAACCCUUUUGAUGAGGAGGACUCCACUCCCAUUGAGGAGGAUCCAUCCAAUCCUUUCUUUGAGGACAUCAAGAGGGAACACAAAGAAGUAACCAAUGGGAAGAAAGAAUACAACCCCUUUGAUGAAGACGUCGAGGAGGACAAAGAGGCUGAGACUGUACCUGGCAACCCCUUUGAGGAGGAUGACGUCACUGACCCAGGUAAUCCUUUCCUGGAGGCCUCGGGGAAUUCUCCAGGAGUCUCGACCAACCCCUUUGAGGGAGAAGAUGAUGAUGAGCCAUUGCCUGAUUUGGACAUGAUAGAGGAAGAGCUGCUGCUGCAGCAGAUUGACAACAUUAGGGCCUACAUUUUUGAUGCCAAGCUCAGCGGCCGACUGGACGAGGUGGAGCUCCUGUCAGAAAACCUGAGAGAGCUACAGCACACUCUACAGGAACAAAAGAAAAAGAAGCACUGACACCUUUUCUUCACCCCCCCCCCCCCCCCCCCCAGUCACCUGCUACCAAGUCCUGCAAGGCUAGCUCACUUUACAUGACUAAUGAACCCACUGAUUUUAGUCUGGGUGAGGUCUGCUGCACCACAGAAGGUUAGUCCCAAAAUUAAAUGCACUAGAGAUCAGUAGUCUGGAAUGACUCCAUUAAUUUCCACAUAUUUCUAAACCACUUAUCCUGCACACGGUCUCAGAGGGCUGGAGCCUAUCCCAGGAUGCACAGUUUGUACAGGCAGUGUUGCUGAAGAUAUUAACCCUGCCGUAUCAGUGCAAACAUGAACAAUGGGAGAUAGAAGAAUUUUUUUUCAUGGGACAGUCGGAUGGUUCUUUGAGCUGAGUCUGGCUGAGGUCUUGUGGAAGUCAGAAUGUGUGAUUUGGCUCUCUGACAGAGUGAAGACAUAACAAGUUACCAUGGCUGAACGAACCAGCCACGAGAGCAAUCAACUGAGGCACAAAAUCCAUGGUUAAAUAAUAAAUCAUGUCAAGAGCACUUUUGCUGCCAAAUUACAUUAAGAGGACUCCACUGAUUUAGCAUUGCACUGAUACAAAAUUAACAGUAUUAGAAACAAUAUAUCAAAACUGAUGCACCAAAACCUCAGAUGUCAUUGUCAAAACUUAAUGCCUACAUUGCCCACAAUUCUAAACUCAACUGCCCACAGCUCAGUCGGAGAUUUGGUAGUGUUAUAGUAGUAAUGGCUAAUGUAGCCUUGAGCCACUAGCCUGAAGCAGAGAUGAGUAGCAGGCUACAGAGGUCUGGUAACCUGCCUUCUUUCUAACUUCACACCCCCAGAUUUUUUAUUUUUUGUAGUCUUAAACUCAGUCACUUGAAAACAUUCAUCAGAUUUCGUGCAGCUCUGCAGCCACAAAAGGCUUUAAGCAGCUUCUUCUCACAUAUGCAGUAAUACUCCCCAAGACCUGUAAACAUACUUUGAUGUGUAAAAUCCGUGGAGUUCCCCUUUUAAUUCUGCUGAUAUUUGUGUUAUCGUGUUACUGCAUCUACAACUUCAGUUUAUUUGUGGUUAUUGAAAAAUUCCUACUGUUCAGCUCUUUAAUGCCAAAGAACCAAACCAUGCAUGAGGGUUCUAACUGAGCCAUGAACCAUUCUCCGACUAAAUAACCAUCUUUUAAAUGGUUAAAGUUAAAGAUAAACAAAUGUUGUUUUGGACCAUUUGAGACCGUUGUUGGGAAGCCUAGUAUAUGAAGGAAACUGAUCAUUAAAUAAAUUGUUAGAUAUUAAUAUUUGAUCACAGGCCUAAAUCACAAAUUCUGUCACACCGCUUGCAGCACCUAUGACCUUUUUCUCAUAGAUCUGAAAGGGAAGUUAAAAGCCCAUUACACAGAAUUAAGCCAUUUUUGUUGCUUGAAAGACAUGCUGAUACUGAUGUAUGUUUAUGAUCUAGUGAUUGUAAGGAAAAGCUUUUCAUUAUUAACCACACUGCUAACAACUACAGGUACAUUUGUGGCCCAGUAUCCAUGACAGAAAGGUUUUUGUUCUAAUAGCUCUUCAUUUCAGUUUCAAUCAAAUUUUUUUUCUGUAAAACUGAAUCUAAAUGAACCUGUUAGCCUCUUCUUGUGAGGUGACAUUUUCUCUGUCUGCAUGGUUGAAAUGAUCCUGAACAUUCAGUUAAUGAAUGGUUUUUUGGUGCGUCUGGUCUGCGUCAUGCCUUUGACAUGAUUACAUUUGACAGCUUUAUUUAUUUUAUUUUUUUAAAAUUGCAUCUUAAAUGCCACA